GUUCUGAGACUGCGCAUGUGCCUCAGACCUGAUUCCGGUUUCCUGAUGCGCCUGCGCAUUAGGCCAUUCGUGGUUUGCCUGUUGCGCAUGCGAACUACGACCUGCUCCCGCCCCUGGCUCAGCUUCCCGUCAGCCUGGUUACGCAGGCGCAGUGUGGAGUCGGUGUGAUGGCGGCCGCUGUGUUGGCCGAGGGAUCAGCGGUGCCCGGUUUUUCUGGGAUCAUACAUAACGGUCACGGAUUACCUACCACCUCCGGGGCUGGUCUGGGACCGGCCGCUUGGAACCGGUCGCUGGAGAGAGCACUAGAGGAAGCGGCGGUCACCGGUUCGCUGAAUUUGAGCGGCAGGAAAUUGAGAGAGUUUCCGCGGAGCGCAGCGCAGCAGGACCUGAGUGACACCACGCAGGCCGAUCUGUCUCGGAAUAGACUGUCUGAGAUUGCUGCAGAGAUCUGCCACUACGUUUCCUUGGAAAGUCUAAACCUUUAUCAGAAUUGCAUCCGCUAUGUGCCAGAGGCCACUCUUAAUCUGCAAGCCCUGACCUUCCUCAACCUCAGUCGGAACCAAUUGACAUCACUCCCUGGACACCUCUGCAGUCUCCCCCUGAAAGUACUUAUUGCUAGUAACAACAAGUUGGAAUCUUUGCCAGAAGAGAUUGGUCUUCUGAGGUAUCUAACAGAGCUGGAUGUGAGCUGCAAUGAGAUCCAAGUACUCCCAUCACAUAUUGGCAAAUUAGAAUCAUUACGGGAUCUUAACAUCAGGAGAAAUCACUUGGUACGGCUGCCAGAAGAAGUUGCAGAGUUGCCUUUGGUCCGUUUGGAUUUUUCUUGCAACAAAGUUAGCAGUAUACCAGUAUGUUAUCGAAAUCUUCGUUACUUACAGACCAUCACCUUAGACAACAAUCCUCUACAAUCUCCUCCAGCUCAGAUUUGCAUGAAAGGUAAAAUCCAUAUAUUCAAAUACUUGAACAUAGAAGCUUGCAAGAAUGCCCCAGACCUGCCUGAGUAUGAUCGUAGACCUCUAGGAUGUCAAGAUGAUGUGUAUCCUGGUCGUACGUACGGUGCUCUGGACUCUGGUUUUAACAGUGUGGACAGUGGAGACAAGAGAUGGUCUGGGAAUGAGCCCACAGAUGAAUUUACAGACCUUCCUCUUCGGACAGCUGAUGCUGGUAAAGAGCAGAGGCUACGAAGAGACCAACAGCAUCUAGAGACUCGGGGCAAUUCACUCAUUUUAAACGGGUUAGUGGAACAUGACUUGGAGCAGAUUGACUAUAUAGAUAGCUAUGCUACAGAGGAGGAGGAUGACGAUGUGAGGCUGUCUAGAGGAGAUAGCCUGAGCUCACAGUUCAUGGCGUAUAUAGAAGAAAGGCGGGUAUCACAUGAGAGUUCACCUUUGAAACAUACCUCUUCAAGGGAACAACAAAGAUCUGAGGAGGGUAGAAGACAUUUACACCAAAGCAGAGCCCCAGAAGAAUUAAGAAGACCAGAAUCUUUGAGCCUAACACAUAAUAAACAAAGGCAGCCAUCACCACGCAGACCAGCUGAGAGGUCCCAAUUGGAUACCACACAUCUUCUCUCCGUGACAAAAAGUCCAAACCAGGCGGAUACAGAUUUACAGCGUAGGGGAGACUUAAUAGAGAGCACCAGGAGGGAGGCACAGCUGGCGGCACAGCAGUAUGAGGAGAGGAUGAGGGGCAGGUUAACACACGCUGACUCUUAUUUAAAACAAAAGGCAUUGAGCCCAGAGAAGCAGAGCCCAUUGGACAAUGAGUGUUCCCUUCCAUCCAGACGCUCUCAGCACACAGAUGAUAGUGCCCUUUUAGUGAGUGAUGAGAGAUCAUCGUUGACUCCUGUAUCGCCCACUUCUCAGACAAUACAUUUGUCCUCGCCAGCGUCUGUCAACUCAUAUCGCUGCUCUCCUCAGCGGCCAGAAAGUUUCUUGUUUAGAGCUGCAGUUCGGGAAGAAGUAAAGAGAAGUAACACACCUCCUCUCACCCCUGCUUCUUCCGGUGAUUUCUCAAACUCCAGGACAGUACAUAGCACUAAAAUUCGUCAGGAAGAGCUAGAGGUGACAGAGCAGCUAAGAAAGAAUAUAGAGUCACGGUUAAAGGUUUCACUUCCUGGUGACCUGGGGGCAGCUCUGACAGAUGGUGUGGUUUUGUGUCAUUUAGCCAAUCAUGUUCGGCCAAGAUCAGUGUCGAGUAUUCAUGUACCUUCACCAGCUGUUCCCAAGCUCACAAUGGCAAAAUGCAGGAGAAAUGUGGAAAACUUCCUGGAAGCCUGCAAGAAAAUCGGUGUCCCCCAGGACCGUCUGUGUCUGCCUCCUCACAUCCUUGAAGAGACCGGACUGUUGCAAGUGGCAGGAACGGUUCAGGCGUUGUUGGACCUUGCUCCUCCUAAACAUCUGUCCCCAACCACUGUGUGAACACCUCAGUAUAGCCCCAGGAUCCUCAUUUUGUGCACUACUUCUGCAUCCCACUUUUCACUAAUGAGGGGUCCGCAGAUCACAAGCACACAGGACAUUUCACGCAAAUUCCCAGUUAUGUCCACAAGUUUUAGAUAAUUUUUAGGAACUAUUUUUUUUAUUUUUUUAUUUUUAUUUUUAUACACGCCCAGUUAUUUGCAUUUGUUACUGUUGUACACAUUUUCCAAAAAUACAAUAUUCCCUUUUGGCUUGUACAACUUUAAAGCAGGUCCAAAAAUGUGGGCUGUAAGGACAUAUGGAAGAAGUGCAAUAUGGGACUGAUAUGUACUUUACCCCAGACAAGAUGGGUGGUAAUUUGUGUAACCAUGCAAGAAACAAAUUAUUUUCUCUGUUCCCACCUUCGAUGGUGAGGUACUUCACAUACUAGAGCCGAAUGGGCAAACAAAGCUUGCCAUGUGCCUGCGGAAAUGUAACCAGUCUCUGAAUGGUCAGCUAGGAGAACAUGGCUCACAAAUGCUGAACUAAGUUUUUUGAUUGAAAUUGUUGGAAAUUAAAAUAUUAGCACAAUUGCACAUUUCUGGGGUAGGCCAAGACCAUAGGUAUCCCAGCUUGGUUCUUGUGGGGCAGACAAAAUAUGAGUUGAUUAUGCAUGAAAUCUUCCCAUGGUCCUGUGGCAAUAACUGACACUGUUACACAUGCACAUACAUCUCCAGGAGAGGAGUCACAUUGUUCUUACAGCAUUUGAAAGAUUUUUUUUUUCUUUUUUGUCAGGAUUCAUUGAUGAGUUAGUGGUCAGUUUUUGGGUUGUUUUUAUUUAUGACUUUAUUUAUUUUGUUCUUAUUUUUAAGCUUUUAUGUCCAGUCGUUGGUAAUGACAGACACAAUAACAGGAAGGGGGAAAAAUUACUUAGCAGUUAGUAUUAGCGGUCAUUGUGUUCUGGUAAUGUACUUUCCUGUAAGAAAAUAGCAGCUUAAAUAACUAUGAUACAAGGAGUCCCAUUAUUUUUGUACAGUUGGCUAAAAUGUAAACAUGUCCAAAAUUAUAAAAAAAAUGUGACUAAUGUAUGACGGUGUUUAAAAUGAGGCUUAGGAUGCAAUUGUUCAUAUUUAACCCUUCGCAAAAGUCUGAACCUCUCAGCCUCAGAGAUGAGUUAUAGGUCGUACACCUUGUGGAAAUUGUGGCAAUCACAGAUUACGUGACUGACUUUUCAGUAAUCAACUAUAUCCCCUGAAAAAUGUGUCCUGUUUAUAACCCGUUAGAUCUGGAGUUAAAAUGGUUUUUGUCUAUUUGACUUUUGUAUCAUAUUGCAUCGGUUAGGGUCAUUAUAACACAUGCAAUGCCUUCUCUUUUAUUCCUCUCUCGCUUUUAUUAACAUAUUUGUAAUGACCAGGAUAUGAGAGUAAAUGACCUCUCCUUGUUGUCUUGGUUUGCAGACAGAGCUGCUGUUUUAUAAUAUAGUUUAACGGUUUUCAUGUUUUAUGCCAGAACAUAAAUAUCAAACCUGCAUUAUUGCAUGUUAUUUUUAUGUGUCUUUUACACGGCAGUACUCCACGGCAAUGUAGUCUCAUUUGGAUACAUUCAUAUGUGUAUAUUCAUAACCACUAAUAUUGUAACAUCCUCAAGUCUCCAAGUAUUGCUCCCCUUCCUUUAUAAUUGUACUGUGUGUGAUGACAGUGCUUCCUCCAGUCAGCAACCAGUUAUUUAUGAUAGCAGCUGCAACAGAUCUCUCCUUAUUUACGAAGUCCUAUAGAGUUCAUUCUAGUACUCGGCACCUAAUCAAUGAGGAGGGCAUAUUUUAAUUUUGAAAGGGCAAUAUUUUAGAUGUGAUGUAUCGCUAUAGCUACUGUAACUGUAGCCAUACAUUCCGUAUAAAAUAUUCCCCUCGAAAAUGAAAAUAUGCCCUCUUCACUAAUUGGGUGCAGGGUACUAGAAUAAAUACUAGACCUAAGCGGUUCUGAAGGUGAUCAGCAUAGGCCCUGCUAUAUGUUAGUGCAUUACUAUUUAUAACAUAUAUUGGAGAACCAGGUGAUACCUACCAUGAUACAUGAUACAACAAUCGGGCAUUUGGGCAAAAAACAACUGAAACUGCAAAACCACUAUAAAGAUGUAUCAUGCUGCAAUAUGAACAAGAUAAGAAAUAUAUUGAGAGCAGGGCUGGAUCUAGGGGGGGGGGCGAAGGGGGCGACCGCCCCCCCUAACACAGUCAUAGCCACGCCCACUUUUGAGCAGAAGAGAGCUCUCCGGGGAGAGCCUGAGGCAGAACGAUGUGCUGCAGCUUAUACCACAGCAGCACAAAGGAGCCAGGAGAGCAAGGGUUACAGAACAUUUGCCCCUCACUUGCUGGUGUGUGGGUACUAGGGCUAAUAAAUAUAAUUACCCCAUAGCAUAGUCACAUGUACAUAGAACAAUCACAAAGCUCUAUCUAAGUCACUCAAAAAGUUCAGUCAGAAUUGAGAGAGGAGGAGUUAGGAUUGCAGAUGGGAGGAGUUCGGACUGUAGAGGGAGGAGUCCAGAUUAAACAGUAAACCGCCCCCCCUAAAGAAAAGUCUAGAUCCGUCCCUGAUUUGAGAGAGUGAUCUGCACACCUUAGGAUUCAGAUAUUCUCUGGCGGUGUAGGUCUUGCCCGAAUAUGACCUCAGAUUCCGUCAUGUGCUGCAGCAUAUUAUGUAAUCUUGUGUCUACUCCAGCUAAGAAGUGUCAUCAACCUAGAGCAGGCCUGGCCAACCUGUGGCUCUCCAGAUGUUGUGAAACUACACAUCCCAGCAUGCCUUGCCACAGUUUUAGCAUUCCGUAAUAGCAAAACUGUGGCAAAGCAUGAUGGGACUUGUAGUUUUACAACCGCUGGAGAGCCACAGGUUGGCCAGGCCUGAUCUAGAGCAUGAUGGCUCCAAUGCAGGUCUGCCUGUUAUGUCAGCUCUGUGGUCCAGCUGGUGCAGGAGCAUAAAUUUCCACAAAAGGCAAAAAAAUUAAAAGUGAGAUUUCCUUACAAAAAAUAAUGCUCUAUAAAUGACAUGCCGUUUUAAAUGUUUAUUAAACAUCCACUAAAAUAUUAGUUUAAAAUUAUACAACCCACGUUGUAAGCUAUAUAUUUUUAUGAGGUCUCUAUGAAGGGAGUCUUCAUAUCUCGCACUGUGUGUGUAUAUGCCCCCUCAUGAUAUCUGAACAGGAUAUGGCAAAUUACAGGUGACCAUUGUAGUGACCCUUUGUAAUGUCCAUUAUAUUUGGUGCAACCAUAUAAAAUGUUAGACUUAUGGGGAAGGGGGGUACAGUUUCACAUUCUUUGUGGUCAUUGCUAACUAAUGGAGCAUGAUACAAUGCAUGUCUAUUCUGAUGCAUACAAACAGUAACAAAUAAUAACUUUGAUACUAGUUAUCGCUGAGAUUAUACAUCCAUUGAUGUUGAAUAUGAAGACUUGAUCUUUACUGUGACGCAGGCACCUAUAAAGUGCCUUUUCCCCAUCUGUCAUUCAUUGCAAUCAAUAGCAGAUGGCAGUACUUCCAUUUCUUAUGGUUGUACCAUUGAUGUGCACUGCUUAGUUUUCCUAUUUUUAGUUGUUGCACGUGAAUUUAUGUAUCAUUUGUAUCCCACAUAACCUGCCUGAUUUCCAUCUUUACAUUGUUUGCAUGGACAUUGGGUUUUAUAUAAUAUGAUGGUGCACAGUACAGUGAGUGUAACUCAUCUAAUUACAUUUUCCUUUGUAUAGUGAUGUAUGUGUUUGGCCAAAUUCAGAUGCUGGAUAUAUUUACAAAAAAAAUCUUGUUACAGGAUGAGAUCCGAUAUUAAACAAUGCGUAUAGUCCCUAUAUUUUAUAGUAAAUGUUUUCCAACAUGCAAGGACUAUAUUUACACAAAGGUGUACCAUGAUGUUAGAUAUAAACUUACUGGAUCACUUGCUUAUUCUUGAUAUGUAAGCAAAGUAUAUGCUCACAGUCUGUGGUACCUUUAACCCUUCACUAUUACGCAAAACGGCAGUCACUGUGCGCCGCUCCCGGAGUUAUUUGCCUGUGGCGCUGUCCCAGAAAGUAAAAUUCUGCCGUUUGGCACAAUGCUGAAUCCGGACGGUGUACUGAAAAUGAUCCAGUCAGUUUGUAUUUUCACCAUCACAGUUAACCUUUGUCUAAAUAUAUUCCUUGCAUGUUGGACAGUAUAUACUGUAGCAUAUAGUAACUACCAACAUUUUUCUUUUAUUGUAUCUCAUCCAGUAACAAUUUUAUAUACACUAUAUGUACAUUGUUUAACAUGUUUAUCUACUAUCCAGUUCUUCACUUAAAGGCAUGCAACACCGAACCUCUGUUUAGUACGAUGUAUAUUUUUAUUUACAUACUUAAAUGUGACCAUGUAUUACAAUUAGUGGGCCCAUGCCAAACCAGGGGUGUCCAGUCACUUUUGUCUCCUAGUGUAUAAAUAUCCAGCAUCUGAUUUAACCCAGCACUCUGAUAUAACUCAAAUCCUCCUGGUCAGAGUAGACUGCAGGGUGAAAAACCCUGGGGACAGCGCAGUCGGUCAGCAACACCCCUUAUGAAGUUUGGUUUUGCUUGCCUUACGUUAUGGCACAUCAUUUCUCUUGUGCCAUUAUUUCUGAGUGGGCCCCAGUGUGUCCUAGAGCAAAUCAUUUUAGUUACUUCUGUUGGGGACAAUAAUAUUAAACGUAUCCUUGUCUACUAAUGGUUAUGCUUUGUAGACAAGAUCUCUGGUAAUUUCCAAAGGCAGUAUGUAUUCCAUACUCAAUAACUGCCAGCUCAUUGUUCAGACAUACAGAGAUGGGUAUAACUGACAGAUGGCGGAUCUCUAGAAGUUAUUAACUCGGACACAACUUCCUGAUGUUUUUAGGGAGAGUUAAUUACAACAGUACAUUGUGGUUUCUUGUGUGUUUUUAAUCUGUACACAGGUGUAACAUGAAUGUAGUUUUUACUGGUGACUUUCACUGCUUGCAGAAUCGUUUGAUACACAAUAUGUCGGUAAAGGGAAGUCAUACCACAGAAUGGUUACGGUGUGUUCCACAUUUUCCCUACAGCAGUACAACCCAGUACAUCUAUUUACCUACAAAUACUUUUACUUUUUAAAUCGUUUGAAAUGCAAAUUCUCUAAUUAUGUGCAAAUAUUACUAUUUUAAUAUACCAAUAUGUUGAUCUAACUAGCAGUUUUUAAUGGAAAAAAAUUCUUUAUUGAUGUAAUAUAUUUUGUGGCAAUUUCAAACGAAUCUCCAUUUUAAAAUACAAAGAUGGGAAAUGAUCAACAGGUUUAAAUUGUAUAAAACAAAAACUCAUUUGUAGAUAUUUUGACGCCCAUACAGUUCUUACCUGCUGCAGCAAUUUGGAGGUGGUCACCUCUUUGUACAUACAUUGAUCUUCCCGAGAUAGUCUAAAUACAGCCCCCUCCCAAGUUAGUAAGAUCUAAACAGGUUUUAGUAUUAAUUUAGAAUUAUAAUGACAGUGUAUUUUAGAAGCAAAUGAAACCUACACAUCCAAACACAAUUUAAUAUAAUUUCAAUGUUUUUAAAGCUACAUGUAAAUUUGCUUGCAAUUUCUAGAAAAGCACUCAUUUUGUUUGUCUAGUAAUGCUCAUCUAAAAAACGUUCAGUCACCAUAUUACAGUGCACCCAUUAUUGUGGCAGCAGCCAUUUGGUUAACUGACACAAAAUAUAACCAGUCACAACACUCAUGUACAGAAAUGGCGGCCUCAAUUGUGUGUAGAUAGGUGCAUGUCAGAUUUGUAUUGACAUUUUCAAGCUCUAAAAUAAGCUAAAAAGUCUGAAAAUCUUCUGAAUGUUUCUAAAAUACCUGGAUUACCCUCAAUGUAUCAUCAUAGAGCAUACCAUACAAGAGCUUGUUUGGCAGUAAAACUAAAUGGCAUGGAAGGCAAUUCAUAGUCUUAAAUUCUAUAUUUAAAAUCAAUGCAGUCGCACUUUUCAGUGUUUAAUUAUGGUGGGAAAAGUACUAUACCAUUCAGAUUUGGAGAUUGUGUUCUACAGAACAUGGUUAUACUGAAUCCAUUAGACUAGUUUUGAGGAAAGCCCUGUGAACAUCUACCCCAAAGAAAGACUUGGCUAUGAAAUUGUACAGUCAUUUCACUGUACAUGCAGCAUUUGUUUUACUGUAAGCUGCAAAAAUUAGACACAGCAGCCCUUAAAGAUUUGUGAUGAUUUACUGUAAAUUUUAGCAUCAAUAAGUAAAGAGACACUUCACACAGCAGGAAUUGGUCAUAUAUAGCUUUAAAACACACACACACACACACACACACACACACACACACACACACACACGCAUGCGUAUAUAUAUAUAUAUAGUAAAAUAAUGUCUGUAGUUGUUUUUGUAGGCAUUCAUGUGAUGUGUUUUUUAUUUCUGUUUAUUGCUUUCUACUUUGAAGCAAAUGACCAAUACAAUGCAUUUCAGGACUCCCUGUAGUGUACUGACCCUUCAAAGUAGUACAGUAUAUUUUCCCAUGCCAUUUAGUGAUUGCUGCCAAGACCAGCGCUUUGAUUUGUCCCUGCUGUUUAAUAGUGCUACCCAAAUAAUUUAGCACCGUCAUUUAAAUAUUAUAAGUUGAAAGGUUUGCUGAAAAUACAUGCAUGUCUCACUGAAAAAUAUUAUACUUCCAGCAUCUGUAACUGACUGAAAACUGUUAUAGGCCCUACACACUGGCCGAUUUUUGGAAAGAUAUGAACGAUCUCGUUCAUAAAUGAACGAGAACUCGUUCAUAUCUUUCAGUGUGGAGGCUCCAGCGAUGAACGAUGCGCGUCCCCGCGCUCGUUCAUCGCUGGUCUCCCGUCGGCUGUGCAUGCAGGCCAAUAUGGACGAUCUCGUCCAUAUUUGCCUGCACUUCAAUGCAGCCGCGUGACGGGGGGAGUGAAGAAACUUCACUCCCCCCGUCACUGCCCCCCCGCCGCCGGGUCGCUCGUCGGCCGUAUUCGCCGUCGGGCUGCUCGGCGGCGGAUCGGCUAGUGUAUAGGGCCCUCUAGUUAUGAGCGGUGUAAAACUGCGCUCAUAUGCAGGCACUUAGAUUUUACCUUGAUCUGUUUAUCUUCUGUAUAGUGUAGAACAGAUUAGGACAAAGAAUAGUAGAAGCCCUGAACCCUCACCAGGUUUGCUUGGCUUUCACAUUCUAUGUAAUACUAUGGUUAGAGGGGGGUAUAUAUAAAUGUACAGAUAGACAAUGUGGGAUGGGAAUUCAAAUUGUAAACUACAGGUGUUCUCCAAACUUAAUGGUUGUUUAUUUUUGUAAAUACAUUCCAUAUUUUAAGAUUGUUUAAAAGUAUAUAUUUGUCUCUGUACAUGUAGUAAUUCCUCUCCAAUUGUCUAAUGAUCUUUUCCCAGUCCAAAAGAGUGAUAUGUGGUCAUUUCAAUAAAAAAACAAACUUACCUUUUCAA